AUGGCUUCCAAAGCACAGGAUAUUGCUAUCCCUCGCCAGCAGAGGACCGUGUCUCACAGCCUCAGCAUCUCCCCCACUGCAACUUUUCACUCCCCGCCGUCCAGCUUCACCCAGAGCUUCAGUGGAGGAAUUGUACGGAGAACAACAGCUCCGAGGAAGGAGCUCAAGCCCUUUGACACUCAGAACAUCAAGAUUCUCCUUCUAGAGAACGUCAAUCAGAGCGGCCGCGACAUUCUCACGGGCCAGGGCUACCAGGUUGAGGCACUCAAGACCUCUCUGCCAAAGGACCAGCUCAUCGAGAAGAUCCGCGAUGUGCACGUCAUUGGCAUUCGUUCCAAGACAAAGCUGACGGAGGAGGUCCUGCGUGAGGCCAAGAACCUGCUGGUCAUCGGAUGCUUCUGCAUUGGCACCAACCAGGUGGACCUGGAUUAUGCUGCCAAGCAUGGCAUCGCCGUUUUCAACUCACCCUUUGCCAACUCUCGCAGCGUUGCUGAGCUGAUCAUCGCCUGGAUCAUCACGCUCGCGCGCCAGAUGGGAGAUCGCUCCCUGGAGAUGCAUCGUGGCACCUGGAACAAGGUGAGUUCCAAGUGCUGGGAGAUCAGAGGCAAGACGCUUGGUAUUGUCGGUUAUGGCCACAUCGGCUCUCAAUUGUCCGUCCUUGCGGAGGCGAUGGGCAUGAACGUCAUCUACUAUGAUGUGGUAACUCUCAUGGGCCUGGGCACGGCAAGACAGGUGCCCACUCUGGAUGCUCUCCUGGAAGAGGCAGACUUUGUCACUCUGCACGUUCCCGAGACGCCCGAGACCAAGAACAUGAUCUCAGCUCGUCAGCUGGAGCUGAUGAAGGACGGCUCCUACCUGCUUAACGCCAGCCGUGGCACCGUGGUUGACAUUCCGGCCCUCAUCAACGCCAUGAGAAAUGGUAAGAUUGCCGGCGCUGCGCUUGAUGUCUACCCUAACGAGCCGGCUGCCAACGGCGACUACUUCACCAGCGAGCUCAACCAGUGGGGCGAUGAUCUCCGCCAGCUGAAGAACAUCAUUCUCACUCCUCACAUCGGAGGCAGCACAGAGGAGGCCCAGCGAGCCAUUGGUGUGGAGGUCGGCGAGGCUCUCGUCCGCUACAUCAACCAGGGCCUCACCCUCGGCAGCGUGAACCUGCCCGAGGUCAACCUGCGCUCACUGACGCUGGACGAGCCCAACCACGCGCGCGUCAUCUACAUCCAUCAGAACGUGCCGGGCGUGCUGCGCAAGGUCAAUGAGAUCCUGGGCAACCACAACGUCGACAAGCAGAUCAGCGACAGCAAGGGCGACAUUGCGUAUCUGAUGGCCGACGUCAGCGACGUCAAGGAGUCGGACAUCAACGACAUUGCGGGCAGCCUGGACGGCCUGAGCUCCAAGAUCUUGACGCGCAUCCUCUUCUAG